AUGAGCUCUGCCGGAGAUGAGGUGCCCACUGCUGCGAGCGGAGAACAGAUCCGCUCGCCGGUGGAGGAGGACCGCGAUGCAGAGCUUGCGAGCUUGCAACGGAAGAUUUCGCAAUUGUCGGCCCUGGUGGAGGAGUCGGUGAAGAAGAAGGAGCCUGGCAGCGUCGUGGCGGGGGUGGCUGGGUUGCUGCCCCCAGAGGCCAACGAGAAGAGCCAACGCUGCCGCUCGGCGGUGGCGGGGGAUUUCUCCAGCAGCAAGCGGGAGAUGGUGGGCAAGGACCACGGCGGGAUGAGCUCUGCCGGAGAUGAGAGCUUGCAAGUUGCAACGGCACAGAUUUCGCAAUUGGCGGCCCUGGUGAAGGAGUCGGUGAAGAUGAAGGAGCCUGGCAGCGUCGUGGCGGAUGCAGCCAGUAGGGGUGGCUGGGUUGCUGCCCCCAGAGGCCAACGAGAAGAGCCCACGCUGCCGCUCGGCGGUGGCGGGGGAUUUCUCCAGCAGCAAACGAGAGAUAGUGGGCAAGGACCACGGUCGCUGCUGGAAGGCGGCUGGGCCAGCAGAUCGGGAGCGAACCCUGUUGGACCAGCCGGAGUGGGCCCGGGCAUAGGACCGGACUACGGGGAAGCGAGGGGGUUAAACCCCCCAGGGCCGAAGCGAGAGGAUGAGGAGGGAGGGGAGUGGCCGGUGAGGGAGGCCAUCGGCAGCAUGAUGUGGGUGUCGACUUUCUCGCGUCCAGACGUCUCGUUCGCCGUGCGUGCGGUAGCGCGCCACGCCCACGCCCCGGCGAAGAGGCACUGGGAUGCCAUCCAGAAGAUCCUCGGCUACUUAAAGGAGACGAGGGACCUCGGCAUCACCUACCAACGGGGAUCGGGGUUAGGGCUGGCCGUGUACGUAGGUGCUAGCUACGCCGACACGGAGGAUAGGCGUUCGGCGUCAGGGUUGGCGACGACGAUUGGAGGUACCGUAGUCAGCCAUGGUAGCAAGAUGCAGAGGGGCUCCUUCGAAGGAAACUCUAGAGUGUUUANCGGCAUCACCUACCAACGGGGAUCGGGGUUAGGGCUGGCCGUGGUUGGCGACGACGAUUGGAGGUACCGUAGUCAGCCAUGGUAG